UCUGACCUCUCCGUGUGUUGCUGUCAGGUGGAGGAGGAGAUCAACACCCUGAGACAGGUGCUCCUGGCCAAAGAGAAGCAUUCUGCUGAGCUAAAGAGGAAGCUGGGGCUGAGCCCCCUCAACGAGCUCAAACAGAACCUCACCAAGGGGUGGCAGGAUGUCCAGACCUCCAAUGUAUAUCUGACAGCAUCUGAAACUCUGGAUGGCAUUGCCCAAUCUGAAGCGUAUAAGAAGACUCAGGAGACCCUGUCUGUGGCUGGACAGAAGACCACUGCUGCCUUCUCCACCAUGGGCACUGUCCUCAGCAGGAAACUGGGAGACAUGAGAGCGCUGCCUUUCUCAAACUCCUUUGGGUAAGAGUACUCUGCUGCUGCUGGGACCUGAAACAUCCCAAUUAAGCUACUUGAUCAACUUCUAUAGCAGAUCUGUACAGU